AUGUCUAAGACGGUUCCUACCUUCCAAGUGGCAUAUUCCCACGACCAUCCCCAGCAUCCGUGGCAUUCGAGCAGUGAGCACGCUGUUUCGACUUACUACGAUCCUCUGGCCGACAUGAGCGAUUAUCUCAACGGAAUGUUGGAGGGGAAGAUUGACUUUGAAGGCCAAAAACUGGUAGAGAAGUUGAUGUACUACGUACUAAUUGCUUCGACGAUAGCCUCGUUUAUCACGGGCUUUGCCCUUCAGUCGUUGAGCUUGACUUUUGGCACUAUGGGGCUUUCGGUGGUGGUGCUCGCGGUUGCCAUUAUUCCCCCUUGGCCGGCAUACAGGUCACAUCCAGUCAAGUGGUUACCAGCGAACGCGCAACCUACCGCCGAGGAGGUUCACAAAUAG